AUGACAGCUCCUGUUAGUGGUGGUUGUAGUGGUAGGAAAAAGUCUGUUGUUUGGGGUCACUUUGAAAAAGUAAAGAUAGGUGAGGGUGAUACUAGUAAAACUAAGGCUAUCUGUAAUUAUUGUCAAAAAUCUUAUAAUGCUGAUAGUAAGAGUUGUGGUACUAGUAAUUUGUUAGCUCAUGUGCCAAUAUGUCCCAAGAACCCUAAUAGAGAAGAUGUAGUUAGAGAGCAGAAAACAUUAGCUUUUGUACCCAAAAAGGAUGGAGAAGACGGAUUCCACCUUGUGUCAACAUCCUUUUCUGUUAAGGCUUCUAGAAAGGCAUUGGCCAAAAUGGUAAUAAUUGAUGAGUUGCCUUUUAGGUAUGUUGAGGGGUAUGGGUUUAAGAAAUUUGUAAGUACCUUACAACCUAAGCUUAGAUUAAAGGAUAUCUCAUCUCGUCAAACUGUGGCUAGGGAUGUGAUUGGCAUUUAUAAUAGUGAGAGAAAAAAGCUAAGGAAAUCCUUGAAGGGUUGUAUGGUGUGUCUCACUACGGACACAUGGACUUCUAUUCAAAAUUUAAAUUAUAUGUGUCUGACUUGUCACUUUAUUGAUGAUGCUUGGAAAUUGCAUAAGAGAAUUCUAAAUUUUUGUCAAGUUAAAGACCACAAGGGGGAGACUAUAGGUAGAAAGAUUGAGAUGUCGUUGCGUGAGUGGGGUAUUGAUGGGCUAUUCACCUUGACGAUGGAUAAUGCUAGUUCAAAUUUAACAACAAUUAAAUUUUUGCAAAGGGUGACUAAAGAUUGGAAUGGGGCAGUUUUAGGAAAUGAGUAUAUGCACAUGAGGUGUUGUGCCCAUAUCCUAAAUCUCAUUGUGGGGGAGGGUUUAAAAGAGAUAGAUGCAUCUGUUGCUAAGGUGCGUGAAGCUGUGAGGUAUGUGAAGUCCUCACCCAAUAGAAGUCAAACUUUUAGGAGUUUUAUGGAGAGGUUAGGUAUGGAGUCCAAGAGUCUUCUCAGUCUAGAUGUACCUACUAGGUGGAACUCGACCUAUAUCAUGUUAGAAACUGCUGAAAAUUUUGAGAAAGUGUUCCUCCGAAUGGAUUUUGAAGAUGAUGGUUAUUCGUCGUACUUUAGGACCAAGGAAGAUAGUGGUGGUUUGGGGUCUCCAUGUAUGACUGAUUUCCAAAAUUGUAGGGCAUUUGUGACUUUCUUAAGGCUAUUUUAUAAUGCAACAAAGAAAUUUUCUGGUUCAUUGUAUGUUACUUCAAAUGCCUUCUAUGAUGAGAUUUUUGUUAUUCAGGAGAUUGCAGAAGUGAUGGUUGAUAAGGUGAAAGACCUUUUGUUUAAGUUGUAUAAUUUUUACACUUCUAUUCAUUCACCAAAUGUGCAAGAUCAAAGUGGGAGUGAGAGGACAGAAUUAGAAACUGAUGCUAGUGAUCCAUAUGUGAUGGUUCACUCGCGAUAUGAACGUUUUUUGCAAGUUGAGCAAUCUGUAGGUUGUAGUAAUGAGCUUGAGAGGUAUUUGACUGAAAACUGUGAUGGUAGAAAGGAUGCAAAUUUUGAGAUAUUGGAGUGGUGGAGGAACAAUUGUAAUAGUUUCCACUGUUGCAUCUGA